UUGCCUUUUAGCGAUAAGCGCUAUCAUUUUAGAAGACUUGUUUGUUAUGAUUCUGAUGACAUUUACGUAGAAGUUGUGGAAGGAUACGAACAUAAAGUGCGCAGCUUAUAUAUUUAUAUACAUACGGUGAAAAAUCUUGGUUAUUUCAAGUCACAUCUUCAGAAAAUAAUGAUGAAGAAUUUGUUCAUCAGUAUACCGGCGCUAUACACUGUUUUGUUUUUACCGAUAGUUAAUAGUAAAAAUAUUCUAUACUUAUCAUGGCCUUUUUAUAGUCACGUACAUCCAAUGAUUUCUAUAGCAAACGAAUUAUCAAAGUAUGGACACAAUAACUAUUUUAUAUUAAAUACAAAACUCACUAAAACUUUCCAAAAUGAACAAAACAUAAAUAUCCUUCCAAUGGACGAGAUCACAGAAUUCAGUAAAACCUUUUCUGAAGCGCAGCAGAAAAUAGUAUCAAAACGAAUAUAUGUGAUAAGAAGGGUUUUGACUUUAAUUCCUCUGAUAUGUGAUAGAAUUCUGAAGGAUGAGAAAUGGAUCGAAUCACUGCGAGCGGUUAAUGCCAGUUUAGCUGUUAUUAAUGGACUAUUUCCGACAAAUUGUCUUACAAUAAUUGCCCGUCAAUUGUCAAUUCCAUUUGUUCUCACAGGAUCUGAGAUAUUUCCUAGUCUUCAUCGCAGUCCAUGGCUUCCCAGUGUUUUUCCAAAUAGUUUCAUCGGAUCCUCGAGCAAGAUGACAUAUUCGGAAAAGAUAAUCAAUACUUUGGUUGCUAUUGUAGACUACACUAUUCCUCCUAUUGGAGCGCCUAUGCACAGCGUUAAAACAUAUGCGAAAGACAAACCUGAUAUUUCAUUCAUAGAUUUGCUACAUCAGGCACAAUUUUAUCUUAUUGAAAAAGAUGUACUUCUAGAUUAUCCACUACCACAACUUCCAAAUGUAAGAUACGUUGGUGGUCUGGCUACAAAACGCUCAUUGCCUUUGAAGGGAGAAUUAGUGAAAUUCGUAAAUGCGUCUAAGAAUGGAAUAGUUGUGGUGUCAUUUGGCAGUAAUAUCAAUGAUUUCCCUGCUGUUCAAUUAGAGAAACUACAAAGUGCAUUGAAACAAAUAAAAUAUGAUGUUGUGUGGAGACAGAAGAAAACAUCAUUUUAUCAUAAGAAUAUUUAUAUCAGUGAUUGGGUACCACAAAAUGAUCUGCUUGGCCAUCCUAAAACAAAAUUAUUUGUUACUCAUUGUGGAAAUAGCGGUCAGUUUGAAGCUUUGUUCCAUGGUGUACCAAUGCUGGGAAUACCUUUAUUUGGAGACCAACAUUAUAACUCUCGCAGAAUGACCGAGAAAGGUUACGGAUUGUCUCUAGAUAUAGAGAACUUUACUCCGGAGGAAUUAAUAGAGAAAAUAAAUGAACUAAUUGAAAAUAAAACAUAUUCUGAGAAAAUUAAAAGAGCUAGUGAAAUAUUUCAUUCUCGGCCCGAAUAUCCAGCGAAGAAAUCAGCCCGCCAUAUUGAUCACAUCAUGAAAUAUGGUGGAGAAUAUCUAAAAUCUCCAUGUCAAGAGAGUCGAUUGUAUGAAUUUUUAAUGAUCGAUGUAUUGGCUCCUAUAUUUGCAGUAAUAUCACUUUUGAUAUAUUUGACCUGUCUAAUUGGGAAAACAUGUUUAACUAUUUUUUGUAAGAAGAAAACGAAGGUUGACUAAAUUAUGUUUUGGUCAACACCUCUUGAAAAAUGAGACAGAAGAGUCUGUUAUUCAGUUUAAUGGUGCUAUGCAUGAUUGUAUGUUUAAAGAGAGUCAACAGUAAAAAUAUUUUAUACAUAGCAUGGCCUGUUUACAGUCACAUAAAUCCAAUGAUUUCUAUUGCGAACGAUUUGUCAAAGUAUGGUCAUAAUAACUAUUUUAUACUAAACAAAAAACUCACUAAAACUUUCCAAAACGAACAGAACAUAAAUAUACUUCCAAUGGAUGAGAUCCCAGAAAUUGAAGAAUUUCGCCCUAGUUCAGUGAAACAAGUAUCAAGAAAAUUAUACAUGAUGAAAA